CAAAAUCCUACUAAUUUAUCCUGAGUGACCAUAACCAUAAUGUACUGGUCGUACCUCGAGGAACAGAAAGAAUUCAGCGAGAGGAAACGGAAAAAAUGGGCGGCGGUAUGGAAGCUCACAAGAACAAGUGGAUAGAGGAUUGGUCUUCGGCGCGUGAGAAUCUGGAGCACAAUUUCAGGUGGACCCGCCGCAACUUCGCCCUUGUUGGCCUCUUCGGCAUCGCCAUCCCAGUCUUCGUCUACAAGGGCAUUAUCAAAGAAUUCCACAUGCAAGAUGAGGAUGCAGGAAGGCCACCCAGGAAGUUCCUGUAAGAAUUCUGGAGUUGCUUAAUAAUUGUGGCUGAAAUAGAAAUAUUGUACCCUCUAAACCACAUUCAGGAGCCUUCGUUCUGCAUGAUCUCUUUUUACCUUUUGUGUUGAACCUCGCAAUGAAACAAUAAUCAUUUUGUGAUUGUAAAACUGUUAUGAAUAUUGCCAUGAAAAUUUGGCUAAACAGCCAACUUAUGUUUGUGCAUGGUGAAACAACAUGCCUAAAAGCAUCUCUGCUACAGGUAGUGGUGGUAGCUCUAGCUUAGUAGUUGUAACCUAAAUAUGGUCUUGAAAAUUCCAGGAUCCAAAAUCUUUUUAUCUUUGCUCA